GUUUCUCCAUGUUGGGACUCGCCCACCACACCCUCAGACAUUGUUUUCUUUUCCUGUCAUUUUCAAAUGUUUCUUUGUGUUUCAGAUCACAGUCGAGCAACAUGAAUCUGGGAGACGCCCUCGGUGAUUGGCCCGCUGGUGGGGGCAACAACCCGCCCACCAAUCCCUCCUGGCCAGCUGCAGGUGGAGGAGGAGCCGGAGGUGCCUGGCCUGGAGGUCCCGCACCAGCUGCAGGUGGAGGUGCCUGGCCUGCAGGUCCCGCUGCAGGUGGAGGUGCCUGGCCUGCAGGUCCCGCUCCCGCUGCAGGUGGCUGGCCUGCAGGUCCCGCUCCCGCUGCAGGUGGAGGUGCCUGGCCUGGACCCCAACCUGGAGGUCAACCUGGUGGUGGAGGUGCCUGGCCUGGACCCCAACCUGGAGGUCAACCUGGGGGUGGAGGUGCCUGGCCUGGACCCCAACCUGGAGGUCAAAUGCCCAGCCAGCCAAGCCAACCUGGCUGGCCGUCUCCUUCACCUGGACCUGGACCUGGACCUGGACCUGGCUAUGCCCCCCAACAGAGUCUGAAGGUUCCAUACAGCAUGACUCUGCCCGGUGGAGUUCAUGACAAAAUGCUCAUCACCAUCGCUGGAACCAUCAAAUCAAAUGCUGACAAGUUCACAGUUGAUUUAAAAACACCCACCGAUCUGGCCUUCCACUUCAACCCUCGCUUCAAUGAGGGCGGCAAGAAGGUGAUCGUCAGAAACAGCUGCAUCAGCAAGAAUUGGGGGAAAGAGGAGAGAGAUCUGCAGAACUUCCCCUUCCAACAAGGGAAGCCAUUCGAGAUGAAGAUCUUGUGCACCAACAAAGAGUUUAAGGUCGCCGUGAACAACUCUCAUGUCCUGGCUUUUCAUCACCGGGUCAGCAACCUCAGAUCCAUCAAUACGCUCAACAUACACUGCGACGUCACCCUGUCCAAGGUCAACGUGGAGAACAUGCCAUGAAGCAGAUAACUCAGAUCAAGACAUCUACUGGGGACCCACCAGAGCUAUAAUGGGGAUCCUCAGUAGAUCUACAGAAGCUUGUCAGUUAAUCCAAAAUAAAUCUUAAAUAUAUAUGUAGAUGGUUAUUGGUCAAAUGUUCUUUUAAACAUAAAACAUCAACAGAAGGUUCUCAGUGUUUCUUGUAUUAGUUUGUAUUCCUGUAUAACACUAUACAUUAGUAUUGACAAUAUAAAUCAAGUGUUCAACAUACAUUUGUUGGCAUUUGUGUCUGUUUCUAUCUGUUACCCUGACCCCUGCUGGCACCAUCAGUACUACAAAAAGGGUCAGAUUAGAACAGGAUUUGCUCCAGUAACCCUACAUAAAAAUACAUCUUUUAUUCUAAAUAAACAAUCUUUAGAGGCAUUUAAAAUAGACUUUCUGUGUUUAUAUGUGUGUGUUACUUUUGUAUGAAUAACAUCGUAGUGCCCAAGUCACAGAAGAACACUCAGUGAUGAUCCUGGUUCGGUUAAAAUAAUAAACUGAUUUAUCAAA